GACCACAUUCGAUCUUCCAUUAUCAAUCAUCAUGUUGUUCACACUUGCUAUCUGAUCAAAUUCAGACAUAAAAUAUACAAGCUAGCUAACAUAAAGCCUAUUCUACUGCAGUUCAUUCCACACACGUCGUUUUUCCUCGAUGACAUUCGUUCCUGCUUGUGUCACAUGAAUAAGGAACCGCUUGAACAAAGAAGACAAUAAUCUGUAAUCUUCCUGCUAUCGACUUUCCAAGGGGAUCAAACCAGUGCUAAAAAAAGUCUGGCCCUGGAAUGAUCUGUCCCCAGUAUUAUUUACGCUGGAAGAAUAAAGGGCCUGCCCAUUGGCAGAUGGUGUCCUCAUUCAACUUGGCUUCCUUUGGGAGAGGCUAACUGUGGCAGGCAGAAUGUCAAAUGGGAACGAGUCCUGCAUGUUUGGUGAUGGAGAUGAUUUUCUAGCCUGCCUCUUUCACACAUUUGAGGAAUGGUCAGGACUAGGACCCCUGGAAGACUAUCUGAGCUAUCUGGAGUACCUGGCCUGGGUUUUCACCCCUCUGGUUGUCGUUUUCAUCAUGCCCUUCCUCAUUGUGAUCUUCCUCUACCUUUCCAUCCUCUUCCUCCAUGUGUACAAACACAAGAACCAGCUCAGGGAGGCCUACGCCAACAACCUGUGGGAUGGUGCUAGAAAAACGCUGGCAACGUUAUGGGAUGGCCACGGGUUCAUCUGGCACGGAUAUGAAAUCCAUGGUAUGGAGAAGAUUCCAGAUGAAGGAGCAGCUCUUAUAGUCUAUUAUCAUGGGGCUAUUCCCAUUGACUAUUAUUACUUUCUGGCAAAGGUCAUCAUUCAAAAGGGACGGAUUGUUCACUCAGUUGCUGAUUACUUUCUGUUCAAAGUUCCAGGGUUCAAGCUGCUGUUGGAGGUGUUCAGUGUCAUCCACGGGCCCCAGGAGGAGUGUGUGAAGGCCCUAAAAAGUGGCCACCUUCUGGGCAUCUCACCUGGAGGCGUGAGGGAAGCCCUCCUCAGUGACGAGACCUAUCCACUGCUCUGGGGGAAGAGAAAGGGCUUUGCACAAGUGGCAAUCGAUUCCAAAGUGCCAAUAAUCCCGAUGUUUACUCAAAACGUCAGGGAAGGAUUCCGAUCUCUCGGAGGGUUAAGCUUUUUCAGAUGGUCGUAUGAAAAGUUCCGCGUGCCGAUGGCCCCUGUCUAUGGGGGUUUUCCUGUGAAGUUUCGUACAUACCUAGGCAACCCCAUCCCAUACGACCAUAACAUUAGUGCAGCAGAAUUAGCUGAAAAGACACAGCAAGCAGUUCAAGCACUCAUUGACAGACACCAAAUAAUUCCUGGGAAUGUCCUUCGAGCAUUACUAGAGCGAUUCCACAGCAGGCAUAAAGACAAAUAAAUAUCAUUACUUGUUUAUAAGACAAACUGUUAGUAUUAUCAUGUGAUCAAUUGAGUGUUUAACUAAUUCCCGGUUUCUGUUAUUUCACUAUAUUAGUACUUUUUACACUCCGAAACCGAGUACAGAAAAUAAGGUAAAUUGUAAAGGUGUCAUAUAACCUACAACUGUAAUUAUAAUGGGUAAUGUCAAAUGUGCAAAUUGAAGACAUUUGUGCAUUGUUGUAUGAUUCCACAAUUGAUUUGCACAAAUUACUCAAAGUACCACUGGCAAUAAUUUCAAUUUAAGAGGCCUUUCUUUUGCUUAACAACUGCAAAUAUUGGAACAAUAUAGCAAUUGAUAUACAGGGAACAAUAUAGGUAUGGAGACUGGGCCAUUUUAUUUUCUUUCAUCUGUGUACAAUGUUUGCCUUUUGAUUGAAAUAAUUAUAUAUCUUUAAUUUGUGGAUUUUGUACAUUGUUGUAUUAUGUAGGUAUGUACUGUAGCCUAUGCACUUUUAAAACAUAUUGAAGUCCAUUGUCAGUGUGAUUCAAGACGGAAAUUAUUUGUAAUGUUACAAUGAACAUGUUUUAAUGAGUUUUGCUGGUUACAAGUAAUUCCUUUAAAAAUACUCUUUAUACACUGAACAAAAAUAUAAACACAACAUGUAAAGUGUUGGUCCCAUGAACUGCAAUAAAAGAAAACAGACAUUUUCCAUAUGUACAAAUAAAAAGAAAAUGUACAUCCCU